AUGAAGCCAGCAGCGCUGCGACCAUGGCUUGCAAUGCCAGCUCUACACCGGCCUCUCUCCAUUUCCAGAAAAUAUGCAGUGCAGGCUCCCGGUAGACCAACGCUUCAAGUAUUCAACGAGAACGUCAAAUACCUUCAGAAAGAGCGGGCGGCCGCGAACGCAGAAUACAGUCGACAUGUCGACUACCUCAAAGACGAAGUGGCGCAGCGGCUUGUGGACCGGCUCCUAGACAUUGACCGACAAUUCCCUAAAGUCCUAGAUCUAGGAGCCAACAGCUGCCAUAUUGCACGAGCGCUGUCCAGACCACCUCUGAUUGCACCAGAAGUACCCGAGGACCAGGCAAAGGCCAAAAUUCCCCUCUCUGAACGUGUCCAACACCUGGUGUGUGCAGAAACCUCGCCGACGACCCUUCAUCGGGACGACUCGCUGCCUGCGCCCAAAGUGCCCAUCACCCAGACGGUCCUGCCCUCGCUCGAAACACUUCCCUACGAUGCCAAUUCGUUCGACGCGGUCUUAUCCUCUCUAUCCCUACACUGGAUCAACGACCUCCCUUCAGUGCUCUCCAGCAUCAACAAUAUUCUGAAACCAGACGCCCCUUUCAUCGCCGCCAUGUUCGGCGGAGAUACACUAUUCGAACUGCGCUCAUCGUUACAGCUGGCUGAUCUAGAGCGCCGGGGCGGAGUGUCGCCGCACAUUUCGCCCUUAGCCGAUGUCCGUGACGUGGGGAACCUGCUGGGCCGGGCGGGAUUCAAACUCCUCACAGUGGACGUCGACGACAUCAUCGUAGAAUACCCUGACACAUUUGCCUUGAUGACAGACAUACAAGCCAUGGGAGAAGGGAACGCGAUUCUCAAAUCCGGCGGCGGCCCGAUCAGUCGAGAUGUCCUGCUUGCAAACGAGGCCAUAUAUCGCGAACUGCAUUGCAAUGAAGGGGAAAAGGAUAGAAUCCCCGCAACCUUUCGUGUCAUCUACAUGAUAGGAUGGAAAGCCGGCCCCAAUCAGCCAAUGCCUCUGGAGAGGGGCAGCGGCAAAGUCAACAUGAAAGAUAUACUUGGUGGAGGGGAUUUCGGCCUGUAA